UCGCUUUUGUACCGCCAUUUUGGGAGUCAGGCGAUGAAUUGUGAACCGUAGCCGAAACCACGGGUGCACAGACUUUGUGACUAUCAACAUGGUUCACACGUGCGUGGUGGUAGGCUGUCGGAACAGGAGAACCCCAGGAACCACACUGUCUUUUUACCGUUUUCCACGGGACCCUGAAAGAAAACAACGGUGGAUUGCAGCUAUAAACCGAGAAGGGUGGUUGCCAAACGAUGGCAGUCGGCUGUGCAGCACGCACUUCAUCUCAGGUAAACAGGUGAAGAACCCUCGGUCACCGGACUACGUCCCAUCCGUGUUUAGUGCGGUUUCACUGUCUCAGGAGACAAAGCAAACGAGUGCCUUUGAAUGCCCUGACAAACAGCAAGCACAAGUGGAGGCAGCCACUGCUUUGUUGUACCUCCAGGGGCAGGUUGUUGACCCAGAGCUGGACCUGGACCAGGACCAGGAUAAGGCAGAAACCAUGUCAUCACUGAGCAGCAGUAGCUCAGAACAGCCCGGCGACAGCAGGGCCCACUCCAGCAGCGAUGUUGAUGCGUCCGAUGCUGUAAACUACGAAGAGGAGCUCAGGGCCCUGAAGAAGGAGAACCAGGCCCUCAGAGAGUCCAUGGAGAAAAUGUCUCUCACGGAGGUCUCCCUGAGAAAUGACCCCGCAAAAGUGAGGUUUUACACCGGCUUGCCUAACUACUUUGUGUUCGAGACAGUUAUGUGGUUACUUUCACCACAUAUGAAAGGAGAAAAGAGCGUGAAGCUCUCUAAGUUCCAGCAGCUCCUCUUGACCCUAAUGAGGCUCAGGCUGGACUUAAAGAACCAGGACCUGGCCUACAGGUUUGGGGUCAAGGUUAGUACGGUGACCAAGACUGUCCACAGUGUGGUCAACAUAAUGUCCACUACGCUGGUACCGACCACGGUGUUCUGGCCCUCAAGGGAGGAGCUUCGCAAGAACCUCCCCUCGGCCUUCAGGUCGUCGUACCCGGACUGUGCGGUGAUAAUGGACUGUUUCAGGGUGGCCCUGGAAAAAACGGACUGGUCCGAUGCAAACAUCCAUCACUGCGGAACCAACACGCUGAAAUACCUGGUGGGGGUCGCUCCGCAAGGUGUGGUCACUUUUGUCUCCAAAGGGUCGCCGGGACACGUCAGCGACAAGGACCUGGCGGAGGGCUGCGGCUUCCUGAACAAGCUGCUCGUCGGCGACGUGGUGCUGGCCGACCGGAGAUUUGACGUCAGCGAGUCAGUCGUGGCGCGCGGGGCCUGCCUAAAAAUCACAGGCAUCGGGGAGGGUGAACGUGAGGUGCCCGAAGAGGACCCACUAGCUGAUGCCAGCUUGGAGAGGAUGUGGGUGCGUAGGCACGUGGAACGAGUGAUUUCGACAGUGAAGCAGAGAUACGCCAUAUUGACCGGCCCGGUGGAGAGUCCCUUCACUGCCGUGGACCUCACCGCUAACAUGACCACCUUCGAUAAGAUAGUUCAGGUGGUGUGUGCCUUGAAUAACCUGUGCAUAUCUGCUGCCCCGCUGGAAUGACUCACUGCAAAGCUCCACAGACCCGGUCCUGGUGGGCCGCAAUACGACAGGUUGUCCAGCUCUGUGAAACCUGUGACACUUCAGCCAGUUCCAGUUCCUUGUUAUGUCAGUCGGGAAGGACAAAUGUUCACUUAUCAAGAUUUUCAUGGUGGCAUUCACGUAAAAAGGCAGGCUACAUGAGCCACGGUCCAGUAUAAUAUGUUGACACCUUUCACUUGACAGCUUUGACUCACAGAAAUAAAGUUAAUAAAUGGAUUCAGUAUGCAGAGUCAUAACUUGGGUUAUGAAUGGUGUGGGUGAGUGCACUGGCACAAUAUGCUUUAUCAUGAAAACCUGGAGAGCACAAGUCAGCAUCCUCAGAAGGUACUACAUUCCCCUGAGUUAGAUGGUCUACUGAAGAUAAUGUUGGUAGUUAGUCCAGAUGUCAGUAUUAACCUCAGGUGCAAAGUGCCUUAGCGUGUGUCAUAUGCAACUGUUGAUACAAUGAUUAGGAAUUUGAGAAAUUUCCCUUUCAGUCACUCAGGGACUGGAAAUACUGUUUGGAGACGUGGGGAAGGGCUACAGGGAGCUUUCUGUCAACCAAUUUAGUAAUUCCUCUUUUUUCCGUGUCUCAGUCCCUGUUCUGUAUGGUACUGACUGUAACAUUGUGUAUAUGUUUUGUGUGUAUAUAUUUUUGUUAAACACUACAUAAUAUAUCAAACAAGUGUUUCUUUAUUUUUUUCCCAAAUUGAUUUGAUAUCUCAUUUGUCACUACUGUUUUCUACGCUUGUACUGAGCAGUGUGAGAAUUUACAAUAUGUACCAACAUGCAAGAUGCAAAAUUUUUACAUAAGAUGCAAAGUUUUACUGGCCAUGUGAGUAUUUGCUUUUGUUAUUAAAUAACAAUUAGAACAAA